AUGCCUGUAUUUAUUCUAUCAACGUAUCUGUCGGGUUUGUUGGCUCUCGAUACACUUCCAACACUCAUCGCUGCAUUUGUUGCAGUCAUCUUUUUGAAACAAUGGUCAAGUGGUGUUGAUCUGGUAUCACGUUUAGAUAGAGCUCAAAGGGACGCAGACAAAGGGCAGAUAGAAGGGCAAAAGAAGAAGCCGAGAGACUUACAUGGGACAGUAAUAUUAGUCGUUGGAGGUUUCACAGCGCAAGGUUUGCUCGUUUGUGCUCAACUGUCAAGCUUAGGAGCACAAUUGAUCUUAUUGACACCGACUAUACGAUCCUCGUACAUCAUGCAAAUGAUCCAUCUACUCCGAGAUGGAACCUCAAAUUCCCUAAUUUAUGCAGAAGAAUGCGAUGUGACCAAUCUACAAAGUAUAGAAGCAUUUGCAGCUCAGUGGAAUCUAGGAGAAGGAACAGGCAGUCAAAUCGGAGGAUUGGGCGCUGGACCUGCUGGUGGAUUGAGUGGAAGUACAGGAUUGGGAGCAGCAAGCUCAGGCCCUGGCGCUACUAAAGGUGACGGAAACAAAAGCGGUUUUGCGCCUCGAAGGGUUGAUUCAAUCGUGUUCCUUCCUCUCGAUUCUGCUCGUUAUUCUGUCGGUAGCCCAAUUCGCCGUUCAAAUGAGGGUCUCGAAACCAGUCAAGCGGAGCUUAUGGGUCGCUUCCACUUGGUAAACGUGUUGCUGCCAUCAUUACUACUACUACCGCCCAAUCGUGACAUCCGUAUCGUUACUUUGCUUUCGCCUUGGUAUGCCGCCGGUGCUGCUUCGUUAUCUGAAGAGCACAAUAUCAAUCAAAUCAUUGACGGAAUCAAGAACGGCAAAAUGACCUCUCCCUGGACGUACGAUGGCUCUCUUUCCGUGAUCUGGCUUGCACUGUCACGAGAACUACAAAGAAGAAUACAAUUGAUGACUGAUGCUGAUCAAAGGCCGCGAACGAAAUUGCCCGGUAUCGAUGAUGAAGGAAACGUUACCGGAAAAGCAACACCAACAAAUGUGAACUUGAUCAAUGUAUGUGCUGGCUUUGAAAGAGGAAGAGAUGUUCUGGACUAUCUCUUACCUGGAACUGGAAAGCAUUCUAUAGACGUAGAAGAGGAAUGGGGGACUGCGGAACAAAUUAAUGGGUCAGGGCAGAAAUCCGACCAAGAAGGAGCCAGCGAUCAACUCAGAGACCUUGUCGAUCCUCGUCUGCGGAACCGCAAAAACGUUAAGCCUGCAAAGGCUGAUGACAAGAAUUCAAACCAAGGCAGGACCGCAGCUGCAGAGAAGUUGCAGAAACAACUUCAAGCGGAUGAAUCAACAUCAGCAAUUCGAAAGCUCAUGACGAUUAUUCAAUAUUCAGUAUGCAUCUUUCUUUGGCCUCUUGCAUGGCUUUUGGGCAAGAGCCCUCGUAGAGCUGCUGAAACGGUUACUUGGGCAACCAUUGCUCCUAUUCAUCUUGGCAAAACAUUUGAUGCAAACUUGAACGCAUCAGCAGUCGUGCCGGGAGAAUUGCACAGAGAAGGUCGUGUGGUUCGUCCAGCUUUACCAAACGAACUACUUCCCGGACCUUCAGUUGAUCUUGUAUGGAAGGCAGUGGAAGAGAAAGCCAAAAGUGUUUUAUCCUCGCAAAGAGAAGACCUUUAA